AUGCGUUCCGGGCGCCGCACCCUAGGCAAGGCCAAUCGUGGCCGCAGCAGCCCUUCACCGGACGCAUUGCGCCAUUCGGGUUCGGUACGACGUGAGCAAGUUGAGCAGUCCGUCCGAGGGCCUUCUGAACGUUUCACUCGAAUCUCUGCAGAAGUGUGGCAAGCGCGUGCCCUGUAUUUCAUGGCGAAGAUCUCUCGCGAGGCUCCGUUUCGCGGGUCCCUAAAACCUUAAAA